UUUGUGCUAUAUAUAUCUCAUCAAACAUAAUGAAACAUGUAGACACAGCAAACAUUUCUUGAUUUCUUCUCUAUCUACUUAACUAGUUUUGAUCAUUUUAGUGCAGAAAUGGAUUGUGUAAAACUUAUAUUUUUUAUGCUAUAUCCCUUUCUCUGUCAACUUGCUUUCUCCUCAUCCUCACCUCAUUUGUGCCCCAAAGAUGAAGCUCUUGCUCUUCUACAAUUCAAACACAUGUUUACCGUUAAUCCUAAUGCUUCUGAUUAUUGUUACGACAUAACAGACCAAGAGAAUAUCCAGUCAUAUCCAAGAACUUUGUCAUGGAACAACAGCAUAGAUUGUUGCUCAUGGAAUGGAGUUCAUUGUGACGAGACGACAGGGCAAGUGAUUGAGCUUGAUCUCCGUUGCAGCCAACUUCAAGGCAAGUUUCAUUCCAAUAGCAGCCUCUUUCACCUCUCCAAUCUCAAAAGGCUUGAUUUGGCUUAUAAUAAUUUUUCUGGAUCACUCAUUUCACCUAAAUUUGGUGAGUUCUCUGGCUUGACGCAUCUUGAUUUGUCACAUUCAAGUUUUACAGGUCUGAUCCCAGCUGAAAUCUCUCACCUUUCUAAACUACACAUUCUUCGUAUAGGUGAUCAACAUGAGCUUAGUCUUGGGCCUCACAAUUUUGAACUGCUCCUUAAGAACUUGACCCAAUUAAGAGAGCUCCACCUUGAAUCUGUCAACAUCUCUUCCACUAUUCCUUCAAAUUUCUCUUCUCAUUUAACAACUCUACAACUUUCAGACACACAGUUACGUGGGAUUUUGCCCGAAAGAGUUCUCCACCUUUCCAACUUAGAAACCCUUAUUUUAUCAUAUAACAACUUUCAUGGCCAACUUGAGUUCUUAUCCUUUAACAGAAGUUGGACCCGACUUGAAUUGCUAGAUUUUUCAUCCAAUUCCCUUACUGGCCCAGUCCCAUCCAAUGUAAGUGGACUGCAAAACCUACUAUGGCUCAGCUUGUCAUCAAACCACUUGAAUGGGACUAUACCUUCCUGGAUGUUCUCCCUUCCUUCGCUAAAAGUGUUAGACUUGAGCAAUAACACUUUCAGAGGAAAAAUUCAGGAGUUCAAGUCCAAAACAUUAAGUAUCGUUACUCUUAAAGAAAAUCAGCUGGAAGGUCCAAUACCAAAUUCACUCCUAAACACGCCAAGCCUAAGAAUUCUUCUUCUUUCGAACAAUAAUAUCAGUGGACAGAUUGCUUCAACUAUCUGCAAUCUGACAGCACUGAAUGUGCUAAAUUUGAGAAGUAAUAAUUUGGAGGGGUCAAUCCCACAAUGUUUGGGUAAGAUGAAUAUUUGUAAAUUGGAUUUGAGCAACAACAGUCUUAGUGGGACACUUAAUACAAAUUUUAGUAUUGGAAACCAACUCAAGGUCAUUAGCUUGCAUGGGAAUAAGCUAACAGGGAAAGUCCCACGAUCUUUGAUCAAUUGCAAGUACUUGAGACUUCUUGAUCUAGGUAACAAUCAGUUGAAUGACACAUUUCCAAACUGGUUCGGAGACCUACCUCGUUUGCAGAUUUUUAGCUUGAGAUCAAAUAAGUUUCAUGGUCCCGUCAAAUCUUCAGAGAAUAGAAACUUGUUUCCGCAGCUUCAAAUUCUGGAUCUAUCAUCCAAUGGAUUUAGUGGUAAUUUACCAAUAAGUCUUUUUGGGAAUUUGCAAGCCAUGAAAAAAAUUGAUGAGAGUGCAAGAACCCCACAUUAUGUUUCUGAUCAAUAUGUUGGUUAUUAUGAUUAUUUGACGACAAUUACGACAAAGGGACAAGAUUAUGAUUCGGUUCAAAUUUUGGAUUCUAACAUGAUUAUCGAUCUCUCAAAGAACAGGUUUGAAGGUCACAUUCCAAGCAUUAUUGGAGAUCUCGUUGGACUUCGUACCUUGAACUUAUCUCAUAAUGUCUUGGAAGGUCAUAUAUCAACAUCAUUGCAAAAUUUAUCAGUACUCGAAUCAUUGGAUCUCUCAUCUAACAAAAUCAGCGGAGAAAUUCCGAAGCAGCUUGAAUCCCUCACAUUUCUUGAAGUCUUGAAUCUCUCUCACAAUCAUCUUGUUGGAUGCAUUCCCACAGGAAAACAAUUUGAUUCGUUCGAGAACAGUUCAUACCAAGGGAAUGAUGGGUUACACGGAUUUCCACUAUCAACACGUUGUGGCGGUGAUGAUAGGGUACCACCGGCAAUAACUCCAGCUGAGAUAGAUCAAGAAGAAGAAGAAGAUUCACCAAUGAUCAGUUGGGAAGCAGUUCUCAUGGGUUAUGGCUGUGGACUUGUUAUUGGACUGUCCGUAAUAUACAUAAUGUGGUCAACUCAAUAUCCAGCAUGGUUUUCGAGAUUGGUUGUGAAAUUGGAACACAAAAUUACUAUGAGAAUGAAAAGGCACGAGGAAAGAUAUUAGUGUGUAACAACCUCCAGAAUUCAAGUCUACAGAGUUGCUGAAGAUGCAGAUAAAAGCCUUUUAUCUUUUAUAGUUUGUGAUGUUUCCAUAAAGUUUUUGUAAUCCAAUGAAUAAAGGCAUGACUUUUCUUCCAUGAA